GUGCCGGUGCCCGGCGCGUUUCAGAGUUGAGUUAGCGAAAGCAGGCGUUUCAGACACACGUGGCCUGCUCCAGCGUGCCUGUUCCGGGGCGCGUCAUUUUCCUCGGGCUCCUUUAAGAGCUAUGGCCCGCCGAGGCAACCCCGCCACCUUCCUACUUUGGAGGCAGCAACCCUGAGAUGCGUGGUUGGUGACUGUCUCCAGAUGCAGAGGCGCCUGUUUCCUUUGCACAGGCAGGUCCUGAACUGUAGUUGGAGUAGAUUGUGCCUUCUAAAGCGACACCUAUUUACAAUGAAGUUGCAGUCUCCAGAAUUCCAGUCACUUUUCACAGAAGGCUUGAAGAGCCUGACAGGUUUUGAUGGUACCUUGUUUGAUUAUUUUAAUGGUUAUGAAGAUUUAAAAAAUAAAAAAAUUCGAUUUGUCGGACAUGCUAACCAGAGAAUUCAAGAAGACUAUCUUCGAAUUUUAAGAUAUUUCAGGUUUUAUGGCAGAAUUGUGGACAAACCUGGUGACCAUGACCCUGAGACUCUAGAAGCGAUUGCAGAAAAUGCCAAAGGCUUGGCUGGAAUAUCAGGAGAGAGGAUUUGGAUAGAAUUGAAGAAAAUUCUCACUGGGAACCAUGUAAACCAUUUGAUCCACCUGAUCUAUGAUCUUGAUGUGGCUUCUCACAUAGGUUUACCUGCUAAUGCAAAUUUAGAGGAAUUUAACAAAGUCAGUAAAAAUGUUGAAGGUUUUUCACCAAAGCCAAUGACUCUUUUGGCCUCUUUAUUCAAAGUACAAGAUGAUGUCACAAAACUGGAUUUGAGAUUGAAAAUUUCAAAAGAAGAGAAAAACUUGGGUUUAUUUAUAGUUAAAAACAGGAAAGACUUGAUUAAAGCAACAGAUAGUUCAGAACCACUGAAACCAUAUCAAGACUUCAUUAUAGAUUCAAGGGAACCGGAUGCAAUUGCCCGUGUAUGUGAGCUGCUGAAGUACCAAGGAGAGCAUGGUCUGCUCAAGGAGAUGCAGCAGUGGUCUGUCCCGCCAUUCCCCGUGAGUGGACAUGACAUCCGGAAAGUGGGUAUUUCUUCAGGAAAGGAAAUUGGAGCCCUAUUACAGCAGUUGCGUGAACAGUGGAAGAAAAGUGGUUACCAAAUGGAAAAAGAUGAACUUCUGAGUUAUAUAAAGAAGACCUAAAAUGAGCUCCAUAUGAAAUAGUGGAAAAUCUCGGUAAGACUGGUUUUAUCUCCUUCUGUUUCUUACUUAAAUCCUAAGAAACAACAGCAAGAAAAAAUUCUUGUAUAUCAGUAUAGAAAAACUGAGCAAGUCUAUGUCCUCUCAAUACAGGUUUAACUCUGAAUUCUCCAAGUCUCUAGGAGUAGUGCCAAUGAGAAAAUUGUAGCUGUCACUUGUUUAGACUGGAUGUGGUAACUGUCAACACUUGUGUGUGUUAAAUAACUAGUUAAUGUUGUCUUAGCUGUUCGAUGAGUUUUAAAAUUAAUCCACAGUGCCAUUCAUUUACACAGGACUUUGUGAUUUCCUUAUGUGUGCAAAGCUUUCUAUCAGGUCCCACAGAUAGUGAGCACAAGUAUUUGUUUUACUAAUUAGAUGGAUAUGGCUUAGAGUUUGAUAAAAUCACUCAUGACGAAGCCCAAAUAAGAGGGAGUUUAACCAUGGAGCUCCUUCUGUUGUCACUACCUGCCUAAGCAUGUAGGAAGUAUACAGAUGGAGUGCUAUCCUUUAAACAGUACUGUCAGCAAGUAAUGGUAAACAGUGUAUGGAUCAUGACAGUACACUGCACAAGGAAAAGCAGAAUUCCCUCACUUUAUGACUACAGCUUAAAUGAACUCAAGUGGAACUUAAAAAGUGACAUUGAGUUACAUUUUAUUACUGUACUUCACUUUAAAUUUUACUUAAUUACUUUUUGACUUUUACAUAAUUCAACUAAAGUGCAGGUUUGGACAUAGGUAUUAAGUUUUGGUAAGUUUUAUUUAAAGAUGCCCUUUAAUUGCUUUAACCUUUAUUUCCUAAAGGACGUAAUCCCAGAAAGAUAUACUGUUCACUUAAAUGCAUAUAUAUUACUAAUUAAAGGGUCUUACACAUGACGGUUAUCAAAUAAAUAGUGCAAAUACACAAAAUGCUAUUUUUUUCUGUUCAAACUGCUUAUUUUACUCUUUAAUAUUUUCAAAAUUUACAAAUCAGUAUCUCAGACAAGCUAAAGAAAAUUAAAAGGACUUUGUUCCUUUCAAAAUAAUA